AAACCUCCAGACCUAGGGUUAGCCAUUUCUCCCAAAGCAAAAGCAAAGCAGAGAAGAGAAGAAGAGCAACAAGAUGGAGGCGGCGGCGGCAACAGCGGAAUCAGUACAAUGUUUCGGGCGGAAGAAGACAGCAGUAGCAGUAACACACUGCAAGCGUGGUAAAGGUUUGAUCAAAAUCAACGGUGUUCCUAUCGAGCUUGUCCAACCUGAAAUUCUCAGGUACAAGGCCGUCGAACCUAUUUUACUGUUAGGACGACACCGUUUUGCUGGAGUAGAUAUGAGGAUCCGUGUGAAAGGGGGAGGUCACACUUCACAAAUCUACGCUAUUCGUCAAUCCAUCGCGAAGGCACUUGUUGCGUUUUACCAGAAGUAUGUUGAUGAACAAUCUAAGAAGGAGAUUAAGGAUAUACUUGUGCGAUAUGAUAGGACUUUGCUUGUUGCUGAUCCUCGACGAUGUGAGCCCAAGAAGUUUGGUGGUCGUGGUGCUCGUUCUAGGUUCCAGAAAUCAUACCGUUAGAUUUCGUUUAUGCUUCUGUUUUACUGCUGAUUUUGAGUACUUUGAUGCUAUGGUUUUGAAGUUCUGAGAAGGAUUUUGAAGUGAGCUUUAUGUUUUGGAUUUAAACUUUUAUUAAAUAACUGCAAUAUGAAUCAUGAAUUAGAUUUUAUUUUUGUGAA